AUGGAGGUCGUCUCUGACUUACUAAGACAAGGAGUGUGCAUCACCGAGGAACUGGACGAAGCUGUCCGCAGAGCUGUGGUGCUGAACCGUGAAGACACCCCAAUAGAUGCCGCACAAGUGGAGUAUCUAGAAGCACCGGCCGUGGCAGAGAGCGAGUCCUCUUCAAUACACAGUGAACAGUUCAGUACAGUACCGCUACCACAACACCUCCCACAGGUCAAUUUCAACACAACCGAGAGUGCUUUAGGUCCUUCAGAAUACUCUGAGGACCACCGCAGAGCAGUUCUCAAUAAUUUCAUCGAAGGGGACCAGCCAGACACCAGGAAUGGGUUGUACUUUCGAGACGGGAAGAGGAAAGUGGAUUAUGUUUUAGCAUAUAACUACAGGACACACGUCUCUGUAAAGAGCGCCUUGGUUUCCCAGGGACUGGCAGUGAUUUCGAACGGCAGCUCUGUGAACCCAGAAGGGAAGGACCAAGUGCAAACCGAACAGUCUUCACAACACGAGCAAGGGCUCGUCGUGGAAGUAGCUACUCAGGAUGUGGUGGAAGACGAUAGGAGAUCUCGCAGGGAGGCGUUCCAGCGCAAGUUGGUGGAGGCCGGGCUCGAGAUCGAAAGUGACGAAGAGACCAAAAACCAAGGAAUUGGCUUCAUCAGAAUACAUGCCCCGUGGCACACUCUGAGCAGAGAAGCAGAAUUCCUCAAAAUAAAGGUGCCCACGAAAAAUGUCUAUGAAGUAAAAGAAGGAAGUGGGAUUAUAACAGCACUUAAUAAAGUUUGGCACAAGAUCACAAAACCUUUUGAACCCAAGGUGCAACAUGUGGAAAAUGACACCAAGACCAAGCACAUCUCGUAUGAUUUCUGCAGAGAAAAGAUCCACCUAUACAACAUCAAAGACAAGGAGACAUUCUUCAACAAUGCCACGCGGAGUCGAAUAGUCUAUGAAAUCUUGAAGGUCACAGGCAGCACUAAAGGACAGUGUGGUAGUACGGGUAUUGCAGCUUUAAUAGCCAACGGCACCUAUGAUUCAGCCUACCCCCUUCAUGAAGGGAAUUAUGAAGGCGCUGAGGUGAAUGAGCGGAAGAUGCUGCAUGAAGAAUGGGCCAGAUAUGGGGCUUUUUACAAAUACCAGCCAAUUGACCUCAUAAGGAAGUAUUUCGGGGAAAAUAUCGGACUGUACUUUGCAUGGCUGGGGGUCUACACAGAGUUUCUUAUUCCAGCGUCAGUCGUGGGAAUCAUAGUGUUUCUGUAUGGAUGUGUAACACUGGACACCGAUAUACCAAGCCUUGAGAUGUGUGAGCACAACUUUACCAUGUGCCCCCUGUGUGACCAGUUCUGUGACUACUGGAACCUCAACACAGCCUGCUCCACCGCCAAAGCCAGCCAUCUCUUCGACAACCCGGCCACCGUCUUCUUCUCCGUAUUCAUGGCUCUUUGGGCCACCAUGUUUCUAGAGCAUUGGAAGCGGCGACAGAUGAGUCUGUGUUACCAAUGGGAUCUCACUGGUCUGGAGGAGGAGGAGGAGCAUCCACGACCGGAAUAUGAAACAAAACUGUUUCAGAAGAAUCGGAAGAAAGGGAAACAGAAAAAUAGGAAAAGGAGCAAGACUGAGGCCAAAGAAGAGAAUAGGGAUUCUGGCAAAAACAAAUGGAGAGAGACAGUCCUGUCUACCAUGGGAGAAGAAAGCUUGGGGGUGCCAACCGUACUUCUUUCAGAGAAGCUCACGUGGAGAGAUCGGAUACCUGGAUACUUUAUCGGGCUUUCCUCUGUUUUGUUCAUGUUUGGCCUGACGUUCUCGGCUGUCUUCGGAGUCAUUGUCUAUAGAAUAACCACAUCUGCCAUAAUGUCAAUGAGCUCCAAUCCGAACACCAGGGAAAACGUUCGAGUCACGGUGACUUCCACUGCCGUCAUCAUCAACCUGGUGGUCAUCCUGAUACUGGAUGAGAUUUACGGGGCGGUGGCCAAGUGGCUAACACAAAUUGAAAUUCCCAAAACAGAGAAGUCCUUCGAGGAGCGGCUGAUUGUGAAGUCAUUCCUUCUCAAGUUCAUGAAUGCUUAUGCACCGAUCUUCUACGUGGCGUUUUUCAAGGGACGAUUCAUGGGUCGGCCUGGGGACUAUGUUUACGUUUUUGACAACUACAGGAUGGAGGAGUGCGCACCCGGAGGCUGUCUGAUGGAGCUCUGCAUACAGCUGAGCAUCAUUAUGCUGGGGAAGCAGCUCAUUCAAAACAACCUCUUUGAAAUAGGCAUCCCGAAGCUAAAGAAACUACACAGAAAACUGAAGGACAAAGGGACCAAACCUGAAGAAAGCAACACUAACCAGACCCGACCACCCCAGCAAUGGCACCUGGACUAUAACCUGGAACAGUUUACUGGCCUGACCCCAGAGUACAUGGAAAUGAUUAUCCAAUUUGGGUUUGUCACACUUUUCGUCGCCUCGUUCCCACUGGCUCCUGUGUUUGCACUUCUGAACAAUGUCAUAGAGAUACGACUUGACGCCAAGAAGUUUGUGACCGAGCUGAGGAGGCCUAAUGCCGUGCGAGCGAAGAGCAUCGGUAUUUGGUACAACAUUCUCAGUGGCAUGGGCAAGUUUUCUGUUAUCAUUAAUGCCUUUGUCAUCUCCUUCACCUCGGAUUUCAUCCCCCGUCUUGUCUACCAGUACUUGUACAGUGAGACUGGGACCAUGCAUGGGUUUAUCGAUCAUACCUUGUCUCACUUCAACGUCAGCCACUUCAAGUCCGGCUCUGCUCCUGUCUCCUCUGAGUUCCAGAACCAGAUUGGGAUCUGCAGGUACAGAGACUACAGAGAACCACCUUGGUCAUCAAACCCGUACGAGUUCUCUAAGCAGUACUGGUCUGUGCUGGCUGCGCGCCUUGCCUUCGUCAUCCUGUUUCAGAACCUGGUGAUGCUGCUCAGUGAGGGACUGGACUGGAUAAUCCCAGACAUCCCUAAGGACAUCAGUGAGCAGAUCAAGAAGGAGAAGACCCUGAUGGUGGAUGUGUUCCUCAAAGAGGAGCACGAGAAGCUGCAGCUGAUCCAGAACUUCCUCAAGAAAGACCAGCCCACUCAACCAAAGCCCAAUAUGAAGACCUCAGCCCCCCGGAGCCGAGCGGCCAGCCUGUGCCAGUUCAGCCCGGAGAAGAAACCCAGUCAAGGCUCUGAGCACACUGACGUGUGAGCUCUCCCUGAGGAACGAUUCUGCAGACAGAUGUGCAAGAAGCCAUCAAGAAGGGGAUGGAAGAAAGUUAUUUUACAGAACAGACGUUAUUUCGGGUGCAGAAACAUUUUACCGAAUGAACUUUUACUGCUGUAAUGAAUUUUGCACUCUUCCUGUUUUUUAUUACAUCUUUUUCUUUUGUCAUGUUAUUGGAUGGCAAGGAAACUUCGCUACAGAGAAUACUGCACUCUUUACGGUUCGCCUGUAACUUAAACCUUAAAUCAGGAAGCUGGUGUAAUAGGAUAAUGAUUAGUUAGUCAAGAGUUUCAUUCUGUCUACGCCAUGUGAUUUUCCUGUGGGGGUGGAAACUAUGUCUUAAUUCCUAUACUGUUUUGUGCUUUUUAAAGAAGUUAUUAUGCAUAAAAAAGGACUGUUACGCUUAGAGCACUGUAUAUGUAAGUAAUGGCCAUUGCUUACCGUUCACAUCUACUUUUUCAAAAUAGUCCCAAUAGUUUUGAUAUUUUCACUUGCGUAAAUCAGAAGUGGAAUGCAUCUGAACACAAUCCAUGCAACAGUGAUGCUGGUUUUCAGCUAUUACUCAUGUUAUAUUGAUUAUUUUCUUUUAUAUAACCUGGGCUUUUAACUAUUUUGACAAAUACCAGUUUCUAAUGUGUCCUGCACCAUUCUGGGUAGUGGAUUUCAGUGGAUUUACCCUCUGUGACGUCUCUCUAAAAAUCCAAAACUAAUAAGGUCCUGCCAGCUGUUGCCAUAUUUGAUCUAACAAGUAGUACAAUGCAGACUUUUAUUUGAGCAGUGGAACUUGGAACAAUUGCAAGUAUCAGAAAAAGGCACUAGUGUAAUCUGCAGUUACUUAUCUGGCCUUUAUUUAUUGCGUCUCUUUUUUCCGCUGUAAUUCUGUACACUCAAUCUCAUCGCAUUCCAAUAUAAAAUUCACCUGCCUCUGCCAAUAAUUUCUCUGAUGGUCUUGUUAAUUCUUAGCACUACGCAGGUGCUCUUCUUUUGCAGUCCGAGUUUCUGACCCCCAUCCUAGCGCCCUUCGCAUUGGACGAUCCUUAAGCUGGGGGAACACAAAGCCACUUUUUCUAGGAGACCACCGGGAGACCUAGUUUGAGGCAACUUUGCUGUAUCAAACCUCAAGCCUCCCCUUGUGUGCCAUGCAGUGACCUGAAAUCUAGUCUCCUGAAACCAAGCCACAAAGUGGCUUCGUGUUCCCUCAGUUCAGCAUCCUCCCACACUACAAAACCUGUCCACACCACCUAGAUAACAGUCAAAACCUGGCAACGACUGGGUUUAAGUGCAUGUUGGUGGCGCAUCAUUUAGUUAGUGUGGAUAGGAUCGUAGAGAGGCUGAUUUCUGCCAGCAAUUCUAACUGGGGCUGACAGAGACCUAAUUCAAUCUGGGUUGAUCUGCCAGUGGAAAUGCGUGGUUUCAAUGUGGGCUUGCAUGAGAUAAUAAGGCUAU